GAGGUGUCCGCCCGAGUUUGUGUGGUCGCCGCCGCGGGAACGCCAGCCGGGUCGCUUCUCGGCUGAGGAAGGCGAGGCUCUCGGGCUGGGACGACUGAGCGUGCGUGCGUGUCUGUCUCCAGCAGCUGUGUCCUUACGUGACAGCCGGCAUGGGGGAUCAGCAGAUGGAGCAGCCUGGCGACGAGGUCGGGGCUCCCGCCCAGCGAGAGUCGCCGCGGCCCGAGCGUGGGGAGGAGCGGCCGCGCCCGAAUCCCGAGAGCAAGCGACGAUGUAGAUUUGAUGGCCAAGAAACAAAAGAGCCUGAGUACACUAGCUCCAACACAAGUGACUUCAGUGACCCAGUUUACAAAGAGAUCGCUCUUACAAAUGGUUGCAUUAAUAAAAUGAGUAAGGAGGAACUCAGAGCUAAACUCUCAGAAUUCAAGCUUGAAACCAGAGGGGUGAAGGACAUAUUAAAGAAGAGGCUAAAAAACUAUUACAAGAAACAGAAGCUGAUGUCAAAAGGGGACAGCUGUCGUAAUAGUUACUAUGACUACAUUUGUAUUAUUGACUUUGAAGCCACUUGUGAAGAGGGUAACCCACCUGAGUUCAUACACGAGAUCAUUGAAUUUCCUAUUGUCUUGCUGAAUACUCACACCUUAGAAAUCGAAGAUACAUUUCAACAGUAUGUGAGGCCAGAGAUUAACACACAACUUUCUGAUUUCUGCAUCAACCUUACUGGAAUUACUCAGGAUCAGGUAGACAGAGCUGAUACCUUCCCUCAGGUACUAAAAAAAGUAACAGACUGGAUGAAAUUGAAGGAAUUAGGAACAAAAUAUAAAUAUUCCAUAUUAACAGAUGGUUCGUGGGAUAUGAAUAAGUUCCUGAACAUUCAGUGCCAGCUUAGCAGGCUCAGAUACCCUCCUUUUGCUAAAAGGUGGAUCAACAUUCGAAAGUCAUAUGGAAACUUCUACAAGGUUCCUAGAAGCCAAACCAAGCUGACAAUAAUGCUUGAAAAACUAGGAAUGAGUUACGAAGGGAGGCCUCACAGUGGACUGGAUGACUCUAAGAACAUCGCUCGAAUUGCAGUCCGAAUGCUUCAGGAUGGCUGCGAACUCCGAGUCAACGAGAAAAUACAGUCGGGACAGCUCAUGAGCGUGUCCUCUUCCUCACCAAUAGAGGGCACUCCAGCUCCGCAGAUGCCGCAUUUUAGAAAAUAACAUUAGCAUUUUUGUAGGUGAAUCCUUCAUUCUUACUGGAGUUACUACCAAGAGGUAGCAGAUGAGUACUCAUUGAAUUAGUCCUGCAGUGCCAAAUGCAAGCGCCUUAACAUUUAACAUUUAAGAUCUUAUCGCAGUUACAGAUGUGGCUCAUUAUAUAUAUGUACGUGAACAGAUUUUGUGGGGACAGCGUUUUGAAUUCUUUGUCACCAACAGUUUUGAUAUGAGCAAUAUUUGUUACGCAGUACCAGUUCCUGCUUAGAACUGAAUUUUAUAAUUUAAGGUAUCCAGGAUGUAUUCCUAUUAGUUUUAAAAUGCAAAGUUUUAUUGGCUCUCCCCUUGACUGUUACGUCUUAUUGAUGUUGAAAUAUACAUCUCUAUAUUAACAUGAUUGGAUCAAGUCAUGUCUUAAAAUGCAGACAAGAUCCGAAGGCAGGCCUUAUCUAGCCUAUGGCUUUUAAGAAUAUCAUAGUCCCUUUGAUUUUUGAAGCUUUUAUGUGAUAUUCAGCUAUAUGUGGUGAAUUUCAUAAAGUACUUGGUAUGUAUACCUGCCUACGUUUCUUUUCAACUCCUAAAAUUGAAGACUGGUGACACUUUAUAGGGCCUGGUUAAUAAUUCAGUUACUCAUGAAUUUAAUGAAAAGUCAGAAGAAAAUUUAAAGGACUGUGAUAGGGGCUAUAGUGGUGCAGUGGUGAAGUGCUUGGCUGCGAACCAAAAGUUCAGCAGUUUGAACCCAGCAGCCGUUCCGCGAGCUGAAGAUGUGGCAUCUGCUUCCAUAAAGAUUACAGCCUUGGAAACCCUAUAGGGCGGUUCCACUCUGUCCUGUAGGAUCGCUGUGAGCCGAGUCGACUUGACGGCAGCAAAUUUUUUAAUAAUAGCUUGAACUUUUUAAUACACAGAUGAAUCAGUGGAUUCUUUUGGACUUGUUUUGUUCUACUCCCUCUUGUUACUUACAUCUGCCCUUAAUUCUUAAAUCUAAGAGACCAUGCCUUAAAACAGACUUAAAAUUAAGGGUCACCAUUUAAUUUUACAUUUGUGUUCAACAUUGUGAGUGCGGUUAAUAAGUCAAAUAAUGCUUUCUACCAUAGCUUACCUUUUGAUUAUUAAGAAUAAAGGUAGUCUUGGUCAUCAGUGGAGUUAGUUGGUAAAUGUUUGCUUUACCUGAUUUCACACAGUGAGUGACCGGUACCUUGACUAGUCAAUUCUUGGCUCAGUCCAGAAAACACAUGUGUUUACAGAGCUUGAUGAAGUAAAACACUUCUUAUCUAGAAGCCAGAAAUCCGUAUUUUCAGAGUGGAAUUUUCAUCUGUAGUUUUCGUGGAACAAAUUCAUUGACAUUGCUUACUUUUUUUAUAAUUGCGAUGCUACUUUAUUUUAAUGAUACAUAUAUUAUAAUCAGAUGACUCACAUAGGGGUUUUCUAACACUGAUACAUAGGAGAAUAGUCGGAAAGUAGACAUUUUACUUGGCAUGAGAACUCUGUGUGGUACUGGAGGGUUUCUGACAUGAAUGGAUGAAUGCCUGCCUUGGGUCAGUAGUCACAGAAUCUGCAUAAUAAAGAAUAAUGUGUGUAACAGAAGGCACAAGAGUAUGUACUGUUCUUAGAAAAACCGAUACGGAUUAUAUUAAACCAAUGAAAAUAUAGGUAUUUGAGAUGAAUACAGUAAUCUCUUGACAGCAGGAGAGGGAUAUAUGCUCAGAUUUUUGUGAAUCCCAAAUAGUACUAUAUAACGUACUGUAAAGUAUUACUGAAUAUUUUUAAAAUCUUCAAGUCUUUAGUGAGCUAGUGUGUGAGGGCAGAGGAGCAGAGAAUAAGCCAGUCACUGUGGAAAAGUAGCUGACAGGCCAAGCAGGCACACUCCUUAGGUGAUUUUCGCACACAGCCACCUUGUGGUAUGAUUCGAUUUCAUGCCUUAGCACAGUCGUAGUUACCUGUUACUAGCUUCCAGAGUUGUCCAUCAGUACGUCACUAGUUGAAACUGUGAUUGUAAAAUCAGAGAACAGCCAGGAAAUACUGCAUUGACCUCCUCCUUCCUGUUUUGUAUCGUUUUGAAGUCCAGCUGCUAAUUCCUUUGUCUAGAAAACCCUGUGGAGCAAUUCUCCUCUGCACACAUGGGAUCACCUUGAGUUGGAGUCCACUCAUCGGUAACCAACAAGUUUUCUCUUUGCCAAGUACUGACAAGUUCAUUUUGUAUUUCUAUUUAAGGCCCUAAACAUUAUAAGCUCUCCAAACCCAUUGGCUCAACCAAGUAUUUUAUCUGGUGAUGCUUUAUUCUUCUAACUCAUUUUCAAUCACUCCGUGAGUCUCUGCCAUCCCCCGCAAUUUGCCUUGGGAUUUUGCUGAGACCAUUCAGGACUGUUGCAAUGUGACAAUCUUGAACAUCAGGAGUACCGCUCUCUGCUCUGAUUUUCAUUGUGUUUUAUUGCUUUUAUGAUGUAUAGUACAAAUUUUUACAAGGGUAAUGCUUAAGAGACAAAUGCCAUUCUAAUACAGUAAAACCUGCGAAAGCCGGAACCUACGUAAGGUGGAAACCUGUCAGAGAAGGAAAACGCAAGUAUUUUCUACUAAAAUGAGCAAAGCGAUGGAAAAGUUCUAAGACUGUACCCUGUAAAAGGGAGAAAACUUGCGAGACUUGAAAAAACAAGGCAGUCUUGUCGACUUUCAGCUCUCACGGGUUUCACUGUAUUCUAAUCAAGACAGUGUUAGUAGUAUUUUAUUCUUGUUAAUUUUUAUAAAACACUCUUUUUCUUAAUCAUCAGCUGUAUUAAUACCCUUUUUUUUCCUGCUUUUCACUCAUGCUGACAUACUGUGGUUCUGCUAUAUUGCACAUCCACAGCCUGGAGAGCCAAUGUGAUAUAUACCAGAGUACUACAUUUUGUUCUUUUUUUGGCUUGUGCUCUUUUAGGGAAAAUAUUUAAAACAUUUGCUAUGAAAAUUUUUUUUUCUUGAGUGUCUUUUUUGCCGAGAGAUAGGCCUGUUAUUUAACCAGCCGUAGGGACAGGUUUCUGUCUGGAUUGAAGGGAAAAACCAUAGGAGUCACUAAUAUGCUACUGAUUAAAAGCAAGUUGGUGUCUUUGAAGACUAUCUUAAGUUGUCAUUUUUGUUUUUAAGAUGGGACCCGUUUACUUGCUCUCUUUAAUACACCAUCCUGAACAUUACCCCAAAAAUGAUCAUUCAAGACAGAAUGAUGUGGAGGAAAGGGUAAGAAAGUGGGGGGAAAAAAAAACCUGUUGCCGUCAAGUUGAUUCUAACUCUUAGCAACCCUAUAGGACAAAGUAGAACUGCCCCAUAGGGUUUCCAAGGAAUACUGGUAGACCAAAACUGCCAACCAUUUGGUUAGCAGCCGAGCUCUUAGCCACUGUGCCAGCAGGGCUGGGAGAGAGAAAAUUACUGGGGAGGGGAGGAAACACGGAUAGUCAAGAUAAUGCAUGUUUGGCCUACGCUGUAGGUGGGACCACCAAAGAAACUACCUCCAUUCUCUAUGAACAUGACUGUAUGCGUUAUAAAAGGCUGGCAGGAUAUACUGUAUUUCGAAGGAAGAUGUUUCCAAGCUACUGUGGAGAAACACAAGGGAUAGUGACUUCUUUAAUUCCAACAGUGUGUGAUAAAAUGUUUUGCGCGUAGUUGAAUCCAGUGUAAAUAAAUGAAUGGCAGCAUUGAAUAUUUUUUUGUUAGAAGCUUCCUCUCUACCAUUAACCUGUAUUUCAAAUAUCUCCUUCCCCCCACAAAGCUGCCAGAGCCCAUAAAUGAGUUAGUCUAGAGCAGGAGUCUGUAAGCUGUGACCUGUGGUCCAGAUCUAGCCUGCUGCCUGCUUUGGUAUGGCCUGUGAGCUAAAGGAAAUUUUUACAUUUUUAAAUGUUGAGAAAAAUAAAAAAUACUUAAUGAUGUGCUAAUUAUGUGGAAUUAAAUUUCACUUCCCAUAAAGUUUCAUCAGAACAUGGCCACCACGCUCGUUUGUUUACACAUUAACUCAUGGUUUCUUCCACCUCUUAACACCAGGUCCUUUGAUUAUUUUCUAGUCUCAUCCUCAUCUCAGUCUUUGUUUUCAUGCUGGCCACACAAAACCAAAAAGCCAAACCCGUUGCUGUCGAGUCAAUUCCAACUCGUGACCCUAUAACGACCCUGUAGGACAAAGUAGAACUGCCCCAUAGGGUUUCCAAGGCUGUAAUUUUUCUGAAAGCAGACUCCCACAUCAUUCUCCCGUGGAAUGAUUGGUGGGUUUGCACCACGAACUUUUUGUUUAGCAGCCGAGCGCUUUAACCACUUGCCACCAGGGCUCCUGGCCACACAGACGGUUGCUAAAAUUUAACUAACUCUUUUCCUGUAUAGCGUGCUCAUAAAAAUCUACUUAAUGUUGCUUUGUAUGUUGAUCUCAGAAACCUUCACAUUUCUCACGGGGCAAAGCUCAGCUGUCCUUUGGCAUUUAAGACCCUCUGCAUCUGAUUUUUAACUACCUUCCAAAUUCUAUAGCAGCCAUAUGCUCUGAGCUAAUCAGUGUUCCCUUACCACCAUACAUGCAUCUUACCUGCACCACCCUACUUCUGUCCCCAGCAAAUUAGCCUAUUAAUUUUGUUCUCUUCAUUCUGGUUUUAAAGACCUGCUAUGAUUCCAGCCCCCUGGUUCCCUGUCCACCUUGGCCUUUGGCAAUAACUCCCUCUAUUUGCUCAUUGUACUUUUGUUAUACUCAUUGGACCAUUAAUUUGUGCUACACAGAUUCAUCUUUGUCUCAGUGUUUUUUUUUUUUUCUGUUUCCCCAAUGUGAUUAUGAAUUUUUUCAAGUUUUUACAUGUUGUAUCUCCAGAACUAAAACACAGUGGAUGCUUGGUUAAAAAUGCUUUGGCCUUUGCCAUCAAGUUGAUUCUGACUCAGCAACCCUUUAGGACAGAGUAGAACUGCCCUCAUAGGGUUUCCAAGGCUGUAAUCUUUAUAGAAGCAGACUGCCGUGUCUUUCCCUGGCAGAGCAGCUAGUGGCUUGGAACAGCCGACCUCUGGUUGGCAGCCAAGCACUUAACCACUACCACCAGGGCUCUUUUAGAAAUGCUUAGGGUAGAUAAAAUAUAUUCUAUAAGGUCAGUACCUUUUCCUGAAAUUGCAAAGGGUAGGGAGUGUCUUAACUAUGACAAAGAAGGCAUUGCUGCCUGGGCUGGUGAUGAUGCACCAUAAAUACGUUUUUAGAGAUUAUUUGACUCAUUUACAGAAGUACUUAAUUCUUGUCUAUGCUUGGAUUAACCUCUAGGUGCCCGAGAAAGCAAAAAAAUGUUAAAGCUUUUCUUUCUAGUUGUUCAGUCUAUGCAUUACUGAUAGGAAACCUGCUGCAAACAUCUUUGGCCUUGAGGAAGAUCAUUGCUCACCUUUCCUUCUAGAGCAGUGAUGUCUUAGGGUUCUCUAGAGAAUAGAACCAGUAAGCUAUCUCCGUUUCUUUCUGUCUGUGUCUGUCUCUCAUCUAUCUACCUACCUACAUACCUACCUACCUGAUUUUAAAGAACUGACUUGUGAAUGUGGGGGCUGACAAGUCCAAAAUGACAGACUGGGGAUCCCUGCAGUCUUGUGUUCCAGAAUCCUAGGUCAGGCAAUGGGAAAAGUGGAGGAGUUCUGGAAAGAUGUUUAUAGUCUGGAGGCAGAAUACUUCCUAGGGAAACUCUUAAAUCCUUCACCUGGUUAGGCGAGGCCUGUCUACAUUAUGGAGGGUAAUCUGCUUUGCUUAAGGUCAACUGAUGUAACAUCGUCUGGGCUGGUGUUUGACCGAACAGCUGGGAGCCAUAGCCUAGCCAAGGUGACACAUAAAAUUAACCAUCAAGUAAUUUUCUCUGUUUGCUUAAGUACUCUCUAAUAGUUUUAAAAAGUAGUUUAAAAAACUAGCACAUUUAAAACUGUUCAUAAGUUUAAAUAUUGGCAGAGAACAUAAUUUCCAGUAUAGAGCAAAUAUUGACAUUUUAAUACAAAACUUUCAUCACUCAAAUACAUUCAUUGGAAUCUAAAUAGCAUAGAAAUUUGAUACCAUUGUCCUUAUAAAAAUACAUAAAGAUAUUUAAAAGUUUACAUCUUUUUACUUUUCCCCAAAAGAUUUUAUCCUAAUGUAAUACAGCAGCAUCCUAGCAUACUGCAUAAGUGGGUCCAAAAAAAAUUGUGAAAAUAGGUCAUGUUAUUGCAAAAAAAUAUAUAUAUAUGUUUCCAUUGGUACUGUCACAUCAAACACAAAGAUGGUGAAAUUUUUGUUGUACAAACUGGCCAUUCACUAAACCAAGAAUGUUCCCGCUGAUCACGAGGCAAUCACUCUCCAACCACCACCACCUGCCGUUCCAUAGAAGAUUAGAACUCUCAGCUUUAGAAAAUAAGGGGCUGGGCUGCAGGACAGGGGCCAAUUCCAUUAGAUCUGAUUUUUGUAUUCUUGGAGUUUGUUGUCAUAGAAUUUUGCUAAAUACUUUUAUGCCUGAAAGUUAUUAGUCAUGUUUUCAUAAAAAGUAUAUAAACUGGAAUUUUUGAAUUUAUUCAUUGUGAUCUUAAGACUGUGUUAAAUUUCUCCUAUACUGAGUUAUUGAAAUUUUUUUACAUAAUUGAUAAAAAUAUAUAUUAAAAUUUUUAUACUUAUUGGAUAAAAUGUAAAACUUUGGGAAAUGUUAUCUUAGUGAGAUUAAUUUUUUCCAAUUAAUUUGUGUAUCCUAAUGUAUCUUUGGUAAAAUGUGGCAUUGCUAGAAUUCAGCAUCAAUUCUAUUUCAGUAUUUCAUUUGUAAGUGCUGAAAAUGGCCCCUAAAUAAAUAUACGUACUUUAAAUAUAUUUUUAUCAAAUCUUGAAGUGGUAGAUUUAAUCAUUCAGUAUUUGGUAAAUGUCUUCCAUAUAAUGAAAUCAAGUCAAAUAUCCAUCAUUUCAUCAUCAAGUAACCAAAUCAGACUUCUUUCCCAACAGCAAAAGUCUGAAUGAAAAACUCAAAUGUUUGUGUUAAUGAAUUUUGGAGAAUAGUUUUAAAAUUAUUAAGAAAUAAAUUACAGAAGCUACUAAAGUCACUCAGGAUUUAAAAUUAUGUAGAUUUAAUGUAAUUAUCAUAAUUUAAAAACAGGAUACUAUGCUGUUUCUCAUUUAACUUGUAACAAAUCUGUAGCUAAAAUGGUAAAUUAUUUUGGAAGCAAAUAGUUUGAUAAAAGGCAAAAUAUUCUUUGAAUAAAGGUGUGUGUAUAUACUAAACUAAGGUGUUAGGAUUUUGGUAAAAUUUGAAAUGAAAUUAAAUGGCAUUAAUAUUAUUAGAUAUGAUUAAGCUUUUCCUAUAAAAUGGCAUAUGUUGCUAAAAACUGUCUAGUAAGAAUCUAAUUUUUUGUUAAUAAGUGAUAGAGAAUAUUAAUGAUUUCACAAGACUAAAUAAAUUGAGAUUUGACUUUAUUUAGAAAUGUUAAAAAGUGACACCAAGUAGUCUGUUGAAUCAAAGUAAAAAGUUUUAUGGAAGGGAAGACACAGUUUAAACUGUGGAUAUGUAGAGUCCAAAGUGAACUAUGUACUCCAAGGAGUUACAGAUAUCAAGGCAAUAUUUAUAUUGUUAAACCUGGAACUAACAACAAUAUUUUGUUGCCUUAUUAGUGAUUUGUAAAAGUUAAAGGCAGAUAACAAAAGCGGGGGGCCUUAUGGUGACUGGUGAACACAACAUAUGUGGGUUUACAUGAUUGGUCUUUGGUAUUAGUUAUCACUUGGUGAUCUUUGUGCUUCGUUGAUUGGUUACCACUUGGUGAUGUGUGUGCUUUGUUCAUUGGUUAUCACUUAGGGUGACUAUAGGGGGUUUACAGAGUGAUUACAAAGCAAUCACAGGAUGUUCUAUUUUUUGCUGACAUAGCUUUAUUGUACAAUGUGGUUCUUGCCGGUGGCUUGUACACCUUGCUUACAAAGAAAACAUUUCCUUAGAUACCAGCUUAAGUCUUGUUUAAAGGUUAACUUCUUAAAGUAGGGCAUGUUUUUUCAAAAAGGGGUUUGAGUUCAUGCCCAGAGGCAGCCAUCCUUAAGUCAUGUGCUCAUAAGAUUUAAAUUUUAGCAUGCUCUCUCAUUCCCCCCUUUUGAUCAAGAAUUUUAAUGAAAAUUGAUCACUCUUGCAUUAGUUUAGGGUAUCAUUUUUAGGGUGUGAUGUUGGUCAAUUUUAUGACAUUGUUGUUAGGUGCUGUCAAGUCGAUUCUGACUCAUAGCAACCCAGUGUACAACAGAAUGAAACACUGCUCAGUCCUGUGUCAUCUUCACAGUCACUGUCAUGUUUGAGCCUAUUGUUGCAGCCACUGCAACAGUGAUCAUUCUGGCCUUAGGAACCCACAAAGGAGUAACCUUUUUCAGCGAGGACAAGAUAUUAAAGCUUUUGUUUAAUUGGGGUUUUGAGCUGACCAAAUUUGGGGGAACAACUUGACAUAACUAAAAUAGGUCCUUCUAACUUCCCGUUCUUACAAUGACGUUAUAUAUUAGACACAUGAUUUAAAGCUCCUCUCCCAAUCCCAUAGGAAAAUUGUUGGUUCUCAUAAAAAUCCUAUAGUGAAAGAAUCAAGAGGGAAAUGGGUAUUCCUCCAAGCCCUCUUACCAGUUUAUGAUAUCCCUGAGUUUAAAAGUGCCAUCCAUAACCUAUCAGCUACCAUGGAGGAGAUAGCUAAUGACAUUGGUGAUGGAAUGGCAGCCCAACAAAAGUCUUUAAACUCCCUGGUCAAAGUUAUGCUAGAUAAUAAAAUAGCUCUUGAUUUUAUCCUGGCCCAACAAGGAGGAGUCUGUACCAUCACUAACACCUCCUGCUGCACUUGGAUAAAUACAUCAGGAGACAUUAAAAAAAAGACAUUAGAUACACCAAAAGGCUGCUUGGCUCCAUGUGUUCCCUAUACCUGAUUGUUUCUUAAUAUCUUCAGUUAGUUACCUAAUGGAGCAAAAUCUUUGAUUCACUGUUAUACUCACUGAUUUGUUGGUACCUAUCAUAGUCGUCUUUAUUCUAGGAAUAAUUAAAUGCUAUAUGAGAUGUGGAAACCCUGGCGGCAUAGCGAAUAAGUGCUACAGCUACUAACCAAAAGCUUGACAGUUCGAAUCUGGCAGGCACUCCUUGGAAGCUCUAUGGGGCAGUUCUACUCCGGCCUGUAGGGUCACGAUGAGUCAGAAUCGACUCAGUGGCAAUGAGUAAACAAACCAAGACCAAAGUAAAAGAUUUAACAUCAGAAUUUUUCCCUAUAUAGUUUGAUCCUCUACAUAGGAACACAUGUCUGCAAGGGGCACAUAUCGCCCUUGUUCUAGUUCGAGUAAAGGGAAAAGAAUAGUCCAGUUUGCUUUUUUAAGCCAUUUUUUUUUUAGUAAGGGAGUCAUUACAAAUAGACAAGCUUUUGAAUUGUGAUUUUUUUUUUUUUAAAAGGCAGGAGCAAAUUGGAGCCUCUGAAUCCUGAUAAUUAUAAAAAUCUAUUAAAGCAGUUGUUGACAAAAGGGAUAGGACAUCUGUCACCAUAAAUGACACCAAGAUGGGUGAAUACAUGGGCGAGAUAAAAGCAAGGCACUGAGGGAGAAACGGGAAUUACAGGGAUGCCAUAACCUGUUGCAGAUGGCUCGGCUGGCGGUGGCACUGACAUUGAUAGUGCCGGUAGGUAUGAGGUUAUAGUUGAACGUGGGCAACGCUAAUGGAUUAGAAUUAUCUUGGACAUUUGUGGAGAAGGGUGACCGAUCCAGCACUCAGGUUACUGGCACCUGCCCCCGACUGGGUAAGUUUAACAAAGGCAUUUUCGUGCUAAGCGUCAAUGGAAAUUAUGACUAUAAGAAGAAGAUAUUUUGGGAAAAGCUUCAUAGUAUAAUAUAUAAGAGCAAAAAGCAUACAUUUCAUAGUGACUCUGAAAUAGAUUCCUUCAGUUAUUGGCAUAUAUGAGGAUACAAUACUUGAAAGAAGAAAAAGGAUAAUAGUUAUAGUAUUAAAGACAAAUAAUUGAGUGCUUCUAUGAAUUUUUUUUUUUUAUGAAUACGUGUACCAGGGCGGCUCUAAAGCAACAGGAGUGAGUGUAAUUAUUAUCAAUCAAUAAAGUCUAACUUAUAAAGCGGC